AUGCGGUGGCUCCUUUUUCCCACCAUCUUCAUCAUCCCUUGUACGCAACAGUUCUUCCACAGCCCACCAGUGAAGCCUGGAGAAAAACCUUCAGAAACCGGUGAAGUCCGCCCUCGCAAGGAGGUUUGUCACUGGCCAUGUAGAUGCCCACCUGUCCCAACCUGCACCCCCGGGGUAAGCUUGGUGAAGGAUGGUUGUGACUGCUGUAAGGUCUGUGCCAAGCAGUCGGGUGAGACCUGCAAUGAAGCAGAUGUCUGUGACCCCCACAAAGGCCUCUACUGCAACUACUCGGAAGAUGAGCCUAGGUAUGAAACAGGCGUGUGUGCAUAUCUGGUAGCUGUAGGAUGUGAGCUCAAUGGAGUUUAUUACCUUAACGGGCAGACCUUCCAACCUAACCCGCUGUACAAGUGCCUGUGUGUCAGCGGGGCCAUCGGAUGUACACCUGUGUUCACCCCGAGAUUAGCAGCAAGUCCCUGCGCCAGGGUCACAGGCAGAAAGAAGCCCGGACAACCCAGCUGUGGCCCAGGACAGCACAAGCAGCUUCAAUCAACAAACUACAGAGUGCUGUCAGGUGUGCCUGGCUACACGCCUUACAGGAGCUUACCACUCGUUUUGAAGAACAAGUGCCUAGUGCAGGCGACCCCCUGGACACCGUGUUCCAGGACCUGUGGCAUGGGCAUAUCCAGCAGAGUCACCAACGAAAACAGAAAAUGUGAAAUGAAGAAAGAAAAGAGGUUAUGCUUCAUCCAGCCUUGCCUGACCAAUGUACUGAAGACAGUAAAGAUUCCAAAAGGAAAAACAUGUCAACCUACAUUCCAGCUUCCUACAGCAGAGAAACUAUUUUUUUCUGGAUGUUCCACUACCCAAAGCUACAAGCUAACUUUCUGUGGGGUGUGCUUGGACAAGAGGUGCUGCAUACCUAAUAAGUCCAAAAUGAUCACUGUACAGUUUGAAUGUCCCAAUGAAGGCUUCUUUAAGUGGAAGAUGAUGUGGAUAACAUCCUGCGUAUGUCAAAGGAUUUGCAAUACUCCAGGAGAUAUAUUUUCUGAACUCAAGGUUUUAUGA